AAGUGUAUUCAUGUGCCUAUCAGUUAGUGUAUAAAUUCCUUUGUGGGUAGUACUUUUUAAUUUUUUCUCGAACUUAUGGAUAAAUAGGCUUUUUUGUAAAUCCAAACAAACUAUUAGUUAUCAUAAUUAAAUCAAUAUUAACCACUCAAUUUAUCAAAACAAGUAAUAAAAAAUAAUGGAGGCUCCAGAGUGUCCAGUGUGUAACAAUGCUAUGACUGUGCCAAUAUUCCAGUGCCAAUCUGGUCACAGCGUGUGUUUUACCUGCAAGAAAAAGUUAACUGUACCAAUAUGUCCCUUAUGUAGACAAAUAAUGACUCAAAUGAGGAACUGGCAAUUGGAAGAAUUGGUGGCACAGUCUAUUACGACAUGUCCAAAUAAGACUAUCGGUUGCGUCAUAAAAUUAAAGAAGAAAGAAAUGGAGGAACAUCUUAAGGAGUGUAUUUUCAGGACGCUUGACUGUCCUGUUGGCAAAAUAUUUGGCACCUGUUCUUGGUCUGGGAAACACAAGGACUUAAUGAAUCAUUUCAAGGUGUGUCAUCCUCAAAACUGUGAUAUUAAGCCGGGUUCAGAUAUUAGAAUUCAAAACAUUUCUACUACCUCUGAUCAUCGACUUCUAUAUUUAUUUGAACAGAACAAAAAAGGAUUUAUUUUAUCAUUCAAAAUCGACACUGUUCAAAAACAUGCAUAUUGGUUGGUGCAAUAUUUGGGAUCUAAUUGUGCGUCUCGGCAAAACAUUUACGAGAUACAUAUUACAAGUUUGCAAAACAAAAACCGAAAGGUGGUGUUUGCUGACCACUGCUUCAGUGAUUCCAUGGAUGUCGAUGAUGUUUUUCGCCAGGCUAAAUGUGCCGUAAUGCCCCUAAUUAUGUUAAAUCAAUUUAUUGAAAAUUCCAAAUUGGUAUUCCAGUGUUUGCUUAAACGUACAGGAAGUGAGCCAAAACCUUCAGUUAGUUAUACACCCAAUCCUAUGAAAGGUAGAUCAAAGAGUUAUACAAGACAUAAGCCUCCACACGAUCAACCAAAACAAAAUAAUUUUAAGCCUUUUAUACCACAAGGGAAGUAGAUUUAAAAAAUAUGUCCUUUCCAUGGAAUAUAUACCACAAGUUUUGUUUUAUAUUCCGUGGUCCUCCCUAUAUUGCUCACGAGCCAUUUGGUUUUUUCAUUCAAUUAAGACAAAGUAAACUAGAAUAAAAGUAUUGUAAACUUUUAGCUUAGCAAUUAAUUAUUGAAAUUAGAAAUUAAGAAAAAUUAUAUUAUUAUAUUUUUUAAAUAGAGGCCAUUAAAAAAAUAUAUGAAAAACAUGUUAUUCUUUUGAGUUGUAUAAUUUAACACAUAAGUAAUCGUUAUCGUAAAAAGC